CAGAGCCAGCGCCAGCCGUCGGGCGCAUAUGGAACUUCGGCUUUUGGUGCGAGCGCGUCCGGCCCCAUAGCACACUAUAGCGUGCUGGCGUUUCCACGUCGACGCUCGUCGGCGGGCGCUGAUGGUGUUAGCGGACUGAUGCAGUCGCGUGCGGUGGAUACUAGUGCACAAUUCGAGGUGUUGGAGGGCCAACCGCGCGGCACAGUCGUCGGUUUCAUACCGACCAAACCCGAUUUCACUUACCGUUUCAACGAGCCGCCACGUGAAUUUACGCUCGAUCAGGUGACGGGCGAGAUUAAGACGAACAUGGUGUUGGAUCGCGAGGGCAUGCGCGAUCGUUACGAUUUGGUGGUGCUCUCCUCACAGCCCACAUAUCCGAUUGAGGUGCGCAUUGUUGUGCUGGACUUGAAUGAUAAUGCGCCCGAGUUUCCCGAACCCAGCAUUGCGGUAUCGUUCUCGGAGAGCGCGGCCACAGGCACGCGUCUGCUACUGGAUGCCGCCACCGAUCGCGAUAUUGGUGAGAAUAGCGUGACGGAUGACUAUCGUAUUGUGGAUGGUAAUGUGGAGGACAAAUUUCGUUUGGCCGUCACGACGAACCCGAGUGGCGAUGUAUCGUAUCUGCACUUGGAAACAACGGGCAAUUUGGAUCGUGAAACAUGCGGUUUUUAUCAGCUCAACAUAUCGGCGCGCGAUGGUGGCGAUCCACCAAAAUAUGGUUACUUAAUGGUCAAUGUGACCAUUGUCGAUGUCAACGAUAAUCCACCGAUAUUCGACCACAGCGAUUACAUUGUCUCGCUGAAUGAGUCCGUGCCGCCCGGCACGCCCGUGCUGCAGGUGAUGGCUUCCGACAACGAUCUGGGUGAUAAUGCCAAAAUCACUUACUACUUGGCCGACACCGAGCAACAGUUUACAGUCGAUCCCGAAACUGGUGUCAUUUCGACGACCGAAUUGCUGAAUUGCCCGCAACAGAAUUGUCAGACUUACGCACGUCCGGGUGCGAGUUGUCCGAAAAGUUGUGUUUUUACGGUAUUCGCGCGCGAUCAUGGCUCACCGCGUCAGGAUGGACGCACUUACGUAACGGUGAAUCUGGUGGACACUAACGAUCACGAUCCGGUCAUACGUUUUCAGUAUUUCCCACCGACCGGCACAUUUGCAACGGUCGAUGAGAAUGCGGCCAACGGCAGCGUCGUUGCAGCCGUGUCUGUAGUCGAUAUGGAUGAGGGACUGAAUGGCGAGACAAGCUUACGCAUUAUCUCUGGCAAUGAGUUGGGUCACUUUCGUUUGGAGAAGACGCCGUCGUUUGAUAUUGUGCGCGUUAAUGGUGUGUUGGAUCGUGAGGAAAUUGGCAAGUACAAUUUGACAGUAGUCGCCAUCGAUAAAGGCUCACCGCCGCGCACAGCGACGGGCCACCUAAUUAUCCAUGUCAACGAUGUCAAUGAUCAUGAGCCUGUGUUUGAGAAGUCCGAGUAUUCGGCUGUGCUGAGCGAGUUGGCACCGCCGGGCACGUACGUGGCCUCCAUUACGGCUACCGAUGAGGAUACCGGUGUCAAUGCUUUGAUUUCAUAUGAUUUUGUUUCGGGCAAUACUAAACAAUGGUUUGCCAUUGAUCCGACGUCCGGUUUGAUAACAACGCAGGCGGCAUUGGAUCGCGAAGUGCAGGACAGCGUCGAGCUAAGCAUUUCUGCACGUGAUGGCGGUCCGAAUCCGAAGUGGGCGUACACACAGCUGAAAGUGACCAUACUGGAUGAAAACGAUGAGGCACCGCAAUUCUCGCAACAACACAUCAACGUUACGCUGAACGAGAAUACGCCGCCGCAGACAUUGGUCGCCAUGCUAACGGCCGCCGAUCACGACCAGGGCACUAACGGCUCGGUGACAUACACACUGGCGGGUAGUGUGGAGCGCAAGUAUCCGCAACAAUUUGCGCUCGAUUCGCUCACUGGCCAAUUAACGACGCGCAGCAAACUUGAUCGUGAGACAAUUGCGCAUUAUGAGAUUUUUGUGAUCGCACGCGAUCAGGGCGCACCACCACAAUCGGCCACGGCUACUGUUUAUCUUAAUGUGGAGGAUGUCAACGACAACAGCCCAGUGUUCUAUCCCAAGAAUUAUUUUUAUGCGUUGCCUGACGAUGCGGGCGACAACCACCACCAACACCAGCAGCAGCAGCCACUAUUGAAAGUCACUGCCAGCGAUCGUGAUGCGGGCGAUAAUGCCUUAAUUACCUACCAACUGGAGUCAGGUGGCGAUGGGCAUUUCGUCGUCGAUACAUGGAGUGGCGCGAUAACGUUGCGCGCCGGCAGCACCGAUAUACGCCAAACGCCGAAGGCACUUUACAAGUUGAAAAUUUCGGCAAAGGAUCGCGGCGAACGUCGCAGCGAGCUAGAUGCAGUGGUGGAGAUUGUGUUGCAAUCCAAAAUGGAGUUGCUCGAGUUCGACUCAUAUGGCAGUUAUGAGUUUCAAAUUGUCGAAGAUCAUGAACAACAAAAGGCCGACACAGGACGUGAGGUGGGUCGCGUUCAGGUGAAGUCACAUGCUGGUAAAACGACAUUGCCACCCAACAUUGAGUAUACGAUCGUCUACGGCGAUGCGGAUGAGAAUUUUGCGGUGGACCAGCGCACCGGGCGCAUAUAUACAGCGCGCCGCAUUGAUCGUGAAGAGCUGGCGCAGUAUCAGCUCACUGUGGCGGCGCGCACCGGGCUGGCGUACGGCAAAUGUAUGGUGAGCAUUGCGAUUGCUGAUUUGAACGAUAAUGCGCCGAUCUUUGCACAAGAUCGUGACGGUGAGAUACAGUUGCCGGAGAACGCGGCUGUCGGUCAAGAGGUUUACUUGUCACGCGCACGUGAUCGCGAUUCGGGCAUGAAUAGCCGUGUCACCUACACGCUCACCUACAAUCCCGAGGAACUGUUUCGCAUUAGCGAAGCAACCGGCGUACUACAAUUGCAACGUCCGGUGCGCGCUGCACCCGGCACACUGCUGCAUGUAGAGCUGAUGGCCACAGAUGGUGGCACGCCGUCACUGUCAACGCGACAUAGCAUCGAUGUGCUCAUCGCCGAUGUCAAUGAUCAUACACCUGUGUUCGAUCACACAUCGUACGAAACAUCGCUAAGCGAGUCGACUAAGGUGAAUGCGCGUUUCUUUGCGCUAGCCGCCAGCGAUGCGGAUCUCGGCGCAAACGGUCGCAUCUCCUACGACAUAAUCGAGGGCAAUACAGAGCGGAAGUUCGGCGUCUUUCCCGAUGGUUAUUUAUUUGUGCGCGCACAGCUAGAUCGGGAAGAGCGCGACUAUUACGCGCUAACAGUGGCAUGCCGUGAUGGUGGUGAGCCGGCGCGUUCCUCUGUGGUGCCGGUAAUCAUACAUGUCAUCGAUGAAAACGACAAUGCGCCACAGUUCACAAAUAGUACCUUCACCUUUAGCAUCGCAGAAAAUGAGCCGGCCGAUUCGUUUGUCGGCAAGCUAACGGCAGUGGAUCGUGACAUUGGACGCAAUGCAGAGCUGAUUUAUGCUUUGGCAACGCAAGAGCAAGACUUCAGCAUCGAUAUGCGUAAUGGUUUCAUCAAGACGUUGCAUCCAUUCGACCGCGAGGAGCUCGUACAGCGGCGCACCGGCGUCGGUGUGGGUGGACAAAGCAACGGCCAGUCAAAUAUUGGCGCUGCAAGCGUGGGCGACGGCAAUAACAAUGGCAAUAACUAUGUGCUAUUGGAAGCUAUCGUUACGGAUAAUGGUGCGCAACGCUUGCACGACAAGGUCAAAGUGAAGAUAAUCAUAACAGAUGUCAAUGACAACGCGCCACAGUUUGUGCGCGCUCCCUACCGCGUGCAGAUAUCCGAAGGCGCUGCUGUGGGCACACAAGUAAUGCGCGUCUAUUCGAUUGAUGCGGAUGAGGGCCUGAAUGGCGACGUGUACUACUCGCUUGUCGCGGGCAACGAAGAGGAACGCUUCCUCAUGGAUGAUGCUACAGGUCAGUUGUCAUUAGCGCGUUUGCUAGAUCGCGAGCAGCAGUCGUCGUACAAGCUGACGGUGGUGGCACGCGAUGCCGGUGUUAAGCUGCAGCUAAGCACCAAUACCACAAUCAUAGUUGAGGUGUUGGAUGAAAACGAUGUGGAGCCGCAAUUUGCGCAGACAGCAAGUGAGGUGUCUGUGCUGGAGACGAGCAGCAUCGGUACGGAAUUGAUGCGCUUCCAUGCCACGGACUCAGACUUGGGCGUAAACAGUCAGGUAACCUAUAGCAUCACAGCCGGCAAUCGCAAGGACACUUUCCAUAUCGAUGCCAUUUCCGGUAGCCUUUAUCUGCACAAACCGCUUGAUUAUGAGGAGACCACCGUUUAUCAUCUAAAUAUAACCGCCGCUGAUGGCGGCACACCACGUCUGGCGCACACAAUUAUCUUCACCGUGAAUGUGGUGGAUGAAAAUGAUAAUCCGCCAAGUUUUCCAAAUACAGCCAUUGUGCGCCAAAUCAAGGAGGGCAUUGCCGUUAAGACGCCCAUUGUAACAGUGACUGCCGAGGAUCCUGAUUCCGGUUUGAAUGGCAAGGUUACAUAUUCGAUCACUAAGCAGGACCCUGAACAGCCGGGUGGUCGUCACUUUGGCAUCAACACUGUAACCGGUGUCAUACAUACGCUGCGUGAAAUCGAUCGCGAAAGCAUUGACACUUUCCGUUUGACCGUCGUCGCCACCGAUCAAGCUGAAUCACCUGAACCCCAACUAUCCGCUGAGAAGCUUGUGACCGUCAUCGUAGAGGAUAUCAACGAUAACGCACCGAAUUUCGUAUCCAUGAACGCGGCCAUUCUGCCAAUGCAGACAGCGUCCGCCCAAAGUCAUUACUAUCGCGACGGCCUGCCGGUAAUGCACGUGCAUGCACGCGAUGCUGACUCAUCCAGCAACGGUUUGGUCACAUACGAAAUGGUUAGCGGUAAUAUGGAACUCUUCAAGCUGCAUCGCAAUACGGGCGCGAUAACGCUACGUAAAGUCAUCGAUCAGCCGGAGGUGCGCUAUCAAUUGGCCUUGAAGGCGACCGACGAAGCGGUGCAGAGCGAACGUAAGAGCACCGACGCGUAUAUAACGAUCAUAACGACGGGCACGGCGUCGGGUCCCACUUUCGAUCAACGCGAUCAAAGCGGUUCGGUAUACGAGAACGAACCGACCGGUACUAGUAUACUGACUGUGAGCGCACGCCUAGAUGGCGCCGAAAUCGAGUAUUACGUGACUAAUGUAACGGCAAUCGGUGCAAGUGCGCUUACGGGUGCGGUGCAACAAGUCGAUCGGCUCUUCGAUAUUGAUACAAAACUAGGUAUAUUAUCAACGGCGAAGGAGUUGGAUCGCGAAGCAGGACCGGACACCUAUGAAGUGGAAGUAUAUGCGAUCGCGUUGGGCGGAGUGCCACGCACAACGAAUACUAAGGUCAGCGUCCGCGUGUUGGACAAGAACGACAGCCCGCCUGUGUUUCGUGACACGCCGCUCUCUUUCAAUGUCAGCGAAGACUUGGGCGCUGGUCAUCUUAUCGCCACCAUACGCGCCUCCGAUCCCGAUACGUUGGGCUCGCUCACCUUUAGCCUGAUUGGCGGUGAUGACGAAAAGUUUCUGUUGGAACCUGAGACCGGGCGGCUGUACUUGAAAGAUGCGCUCGAUCGUGAGUUGAAGGAUAAAUAUGUGUUGCAGUUGCGUGUAGCGGAUGGUGUGCAAAGCACCGAUACGACAGCAGACGUUUUGGUCACCGACACCAAUGAUAACCCACCGAUUUUCGAUGAACCUGUUUACUCUUUUGACAUACCCGAAAACGCCCCACGUGGCUAUCAAGUGGGCAUUAUCGCCGCCACCGAUCCGGAUUUGGGCGAUAAUGCGCUAGUCUCAUAUACCGUCAUCUCGGAUUGGGCCAACGAUGUAUUUAGUUUGAAUCCGCAGACGGGCGUAUUCACACUGACAGCCCGUUUGGAUUAUGAAGAGGUGCAACAUUAUAUACUUGUGGUGCAGGCACAAGAUAAUGGACAUCCCAGUCUCUCCACCACAUUGACUGUGUAUUGCAAUGUGUUGGAUUUGAAUGAUAAUGCGCCCAUAUUCGAUCCAAUGAGCUAUUCGAAUGAGAUCUAUGAAAAUGUAUCGAUUGGCACACCGAUUGUAACGGUUACUGCGACAGAUAUUGACUCAGGCGAUAACGGGCGCAUCGAGUACGCGAUUACGUCGGGCGAUGAUAAUAACGACUUUGAAAUUGCUGCCAACGGUACGAUACGUACGCGCCGUGAACUUGAUCGCGAAACGAAAAGUUCAUACAAUUUAAUUGUAACCGCAAGAGAUUGCGCUCAAGAAUUUCCAACAACAACAAGCACAACAACAUAUGCAUACAACGACGGCGCCUUCAUGCAGCAGCAGCCGCAUCACCAGCAACAACAGCAGCGACGUCAGCGGCAACACCGGCAGCAACAAUAUGUAGAGCAACAACCGCAACAGCGUCUAUCAUCAACAGUACAGGUCACAAUCGUUUUGAAGGACGUCAACGACGAAGCGCCGAGUUUCACCUCGCCUAAUGAAACCAGUGUGCUUGAGAAUAUCGCACCCAACACUGUCGUCAUGGUCGUUAAGGCCAUCGAUCGCGACGAGGGACGCAACGGUUAUAUCGAAUAUUUGCUCGACGGCAAAAAGUCAGCAGUCACCAACCACGAUUAUGACGAUGAAAAUAAUAUACCCUUUACGUUGGGCGCUGUUGAUGGGCUAUUACGCGUUGCCGGACGCUUGGAUCGUGAACUGCGCGCCAGUUACCAGCUCAACGUGACCGCACGAGAUCGCGGCGAACCACCGCAAGCCACGCAUAUGCAGAUCACCGUGCGCAUACUGGACGAAAACGACAACAGUCCCGUCUUCGAUCCCAAACAGUACUCGGCUUCGGUGCCGGAGAAUGCCAGUAUUGGCGCAAUGGUAUUGCAAGUCGCCGCAACCGAUAUAGAUGAGGGCGCCAACGGACGUGUACGCUUCUCUAUCGCUGCCGGCGAUGAUAACCGCGACUUUAGCAUUAGUGAAGACUCAGGUGCUGUGCGCGUCGCCAAGAAUUUGAAUUAUGAGCGUAAAUCGCGUUAUGUGCUGACGGUGCGCGCCGAAGAUUGUGCCGCCGAUGUCGUGGCCGCAGCCGCACAGCUGCAGUUAGGCGGCAAAGUAGGCACUGCGAGUGGUGCGAAUAUGGUGGUUGGCGGCAGUGGUGGUGUUGUUGGCGGCGGUGGUGGUGGUGGUGUUGGUGGUGUAGCGGGCGCCGGUGCAGCUAAGCAUGGUGUGGAGCAGCGUGAGACACGCUACGACACUGCCGAACUGACGAUCAUCAUCAUGGACAUCAAUGACAAUCCGCCCACAUUCCUGCACUCCCCCUACCUGGCGUAUGUGAUGGAGAAUGUUAUACCGCCAAAUGGCGGCUAUGUGCUGACAGUGGAGGCCUACGAUGCCGAUACGCCGCCUUUUAACUCGCAAGUGCGCUACUUUCUGAAGGAGGGCGAUACAGAUCUAUUUCGCAUAAAUGCAUCGACAGGCGAAAUAUCAUUGCUGCGGGCGCUCGAUCGUGAGGCAAAGGCUGAGUACACGCUGACGCUGGUUGCCAUGGAUACAGGUUCGCCACCGCUGACCGGCACCGGCAUCGUGCGCGUCAUUGUGCAAGACAUGAAUGAUCACAGUCCGGAGUUUGCGCGUCCCUACUAUUUGGCCAGCGUGCAGGAGAACUUGCCCGCCGGCACGAAGGUGCUGCAACCCGUGGCUACGGAUAAGGAUAGCGGCGCUAAUGCGAAACUGCGUUUCACGCUGCUCGGCGAGCACAUCGACAGAUUCCAUAUCAAUUCGGAAACGGGUGAGAUCACUACGUCCACCAUGCUGGAUCGCGAGGAGACUGCUGUCUAUUAUCUGACGCUGAUGGCGCAAGACAGCUCGGCUACAGAGCCACGUGCCAGCGCAGUCAAUUUGACCGUAACUGUGCUCGAUGUCAACGACAAUACGCCCAACUUUAAUGCGGCCAGUUUCAAUGUGAAUGUCCCCGACCGCAUAAAAGCUGGUGAGUUUGUGUUUGGCGCAAGAGCCACCGACUUAGAUGAUGGCGUCAAUGCGCUUAUAGCCUACAAUAUAAGUGGCAAGGAUAUCGAUAAGUUCAGCAUUGAUACGCAGAGUGGCGUGAUUAAGGCGAAGAUGCCGCUGGGUGCGCGUGAAAAUACGAGCUUUGACACGAUCUACAGCAUAGUUUUGCAUGCCAUGGAUCAGGGUACUGAGUCGAGAUCGUCUAGUGCGGAUCUCACUGUCUUGAUACGGCCGGGCAUGCUCUUUCCUGUAUUCGCAUCGAUCUCCACGAAACAAUUUAUGUUGUCGGAGGAUGUGCGUGAAGGCAAGGUCAUUACCACUAUCAACGCCGAGUCGCCGAAGAAGACGGCUGCGGGUAAUAUUAAGUAUGCCAUUGCUGGUGGUAAUAUCGGGAAAGCGGUGCAUAUUGAUGCGAAUACGGGCGUGGUGACAAUCGGUAAAGACGGCUUGGAUUAUGAAAUUGCGCACACUUAUGAGAUAUGGGUGGAAGCCUCCGACUCGGAUCAACCGCGACUGCGCAGUGUUAUGUUGCUCACCAUCAAUGUCACCGAUGCCAAUGAUAAUGCGCCUGUUAUGGAUAAGAUGACCUACUACGCGGAGAUACUAGAAGAAGAACCGCCGCCGCAAUUUAUUGUAAAGGUACACGGCACCGAUCGCGAUUCGGGUGAUAAUGGUGAAUUGUCCUAUCGGCUUGCUGAUGACUUUGAGGGUACAUUCGAAAUCGACUCCGAUUCGGGUGAAAUUUACACCACAAUGCGUUUAGAUCGUGAAGAGAUUAGCGCGUAUGAGCUGCUGGUGGAAGCAGUGGACCAAGGUAUGCCACAACUUACCGGCACGGCGACAGUACAAAUUACGCUCUUGGACAAAAAUGAUAAUCCACCCAAGUUUACACGUCUCUUUUCCGUUAAUGUGACGGAAAACGCGAAUAUUGGCAGUUUCGUAAUACAAGUGACCUCAUCGGACUUGGAUAUUGGCGUAAAUGCAAAUGCUACUUACAGCUUUACUGAGAAUCCUGGCGAGAAAUUCAAGAUCGACGCAAUCAGCGGUAAUGUUACAGUCGCCGGCUAUUUGGACCGUGAACAGCAAGACGAGUACCUGCUGAAAAUCGUCGCUUCGGAUGGCGCUUGGCGCUCAGAAACUCCCAUCACUAUCACGGUACAGGAUCAGAAUGAUAAUGCACCGGAGUUCGAGCAUAGUUAUUAUAGUUUCAACUUCCCCGAACUACAACGCGCUGUUACGUUCGUUGGACAAGUUAUUGCCACGGAUCGUGAUAAGCAAGGGCCGAACUCACUUAUUUCAUAUUCACUACAACAACCAUCCGACUUAUUCACCAUCGACCCAGCCACAGGUGAGAUCUUAAGUAAGCGCACCAUGAAGUACAAGCAUUCGCAGCUUGAAACCUCACCGGAGAAUAUGUACUCGAUGAUCGUGUUGGCCACAGACAAUGGCAAGCCACCGCUAAACUCGGAAUGUUUAGUUAACAUCAAUAUUGUGGACGCCAAUAAUAAUCCACCAAAGUUUGAGAAGGCCACUUACCUUGCACCCGUGCCCGAGCAAGCAAUGAGUGGACUGCGUUUAAUCAAGGUACAUGCCGUGGACGCGCUCGACUACGGCGUGAAUGCCGAAAUCGAUUACACACUGGUGAAGAGCAAUGCGUCUGACUACUUCGCGGUUAGCAAGCACGACGGCUGGAUUUCUGUAACAAAGCCACUUAAUGUUAAGGCAAAUACGAUGUUUCUGAUCACAGUACGCGCCACCGAUCGUGGCGUGCCACCGUUAGCGGACGAAACGCGUGUCACAAUAAUUGUGACUGGUGAAAACAAACAUGCUCCGAAGAUCAACGCGCUGAGCCAUCAAGUUAUAGUGCCCGAAAACGAACCAAUCGGCUCCACCAUACUAACUGUUACUGCCUCAGAUAAGGACGACGGACCGAAUGGCAUGUUGACGUAUUACUUUUCAGGCGGCAAUGAACGCAAAGAGUUUAAUAUGAACAAGGACACAGGCGCUGUGACCAUACUAAAGCCGUUAGAUUACGAUUUCAUACAAGAGUAUUAUUUGAAUAUCACUGUGGAGGACUUGGGUUUCAAGCCCAAGAAGGCGGUUGCUAUGCUGACAGUUAUAGUGACGGAUAUAAAUGACAAUCCACCAUUGUUUAAUCAGUCGGAAUAUCACGCUUUUAUACCGGAAAAUCGCGCACCAAAUACAUUUGUGUUCAAGGCGCACGCCACCGAUAAGGACUCACCCAAGAACGCCAUCAUACGUUACACGAUCACCAGCGGUACGGGUAAAAAUCUCUUCAAGAUCAACUCGAGCACUGGCGAGAUUGUCUCCACGGUAUCAUUUGAUUAUGAAGAGCGACGCGACUACAAUCUGCAGAUAAUGGCUGCUAAUCCCGAUUCACCGAUGCACAGCACCGCUAUGGUGAUAGUGCACAUUACUGGCAUUAACGAGUAUUACCCACAGUUUGUGCAGCCGGUCUUCCACUUCGAUGUGUCCGAGUCGGCCGAAGUUGGCACCUCCGUUGGCUCCAUACAGGCGACAGACAAAGAUGCUGGCGAAGAUGGUAAAAUCUAUUACCUGUUGGUUGGUUCAAGCAAUGAUAAAGGCUUCUCUAUCAAUGCCAUGACCGGCAUUAUGUAUGUAUCACGUCAUCUGGAUCGCGAGACUCAAAACCGUGUUGUACUUACCGUUAUGGCAAAGAACUAUGGUGGUAUACGUGGUAAUGACACAGAUGAGGCGCAAGUCAUCAUCUCGAUACAGGAUGGCAAUGAUCCACCGGAGUUCUUGAAAUCACUAUACACGACACGUAUAUCAGAGGCUGCACCGGUGGGCACCAAGGUCACUAGCGUCAAAGCCGUCGACAAGGAUGUACGCCUACAAAAUAAUCAAUUCAGCUACUCCAUAAUCAAUGGAAAUUUAAACCAAACAUUCAAGGUUGAUCCACAAAGUGGCGAUAUUGAGACUGCACGUGCUUUAGACCGUGAAACUGUGCCGAUCUUCAAUUUGGUUGUGGGCGCAAUCGAUACAGGUGUGCCACCACAAACUGGCACAACAACAGUUAAAAUCGAACUAGAAGAUGUAAAUGAUAACGGUCCAACUUUUGCACCCAAUGGUCUAAUUGGAUACAUAUCCGAAAAUGAACCCGCAGGCACCUCAAUUAUGACAUUAUCCGCAAAUGAUCCGGAUCUACCACCGAAUGGUGGACCCUUCACUUACUAUCUCGUUGGUGGUAAACAUAAAUCAUUCAUUGCGAUCGACAAACACUCGGGUCUUGUAAGGUCCACAAAGAGUUAUGACCGCGAAGCCACGCCAACGCUAGAAGCUGCGAUAGAGGUUGAAGAUAAUGGUGAACCAAAGCAGCGCGCACAACACGUGCUUACAAUUAAAGUGCUCGACCAGAAUGACAGUCCAUCCUCGCCGCGUAUGGUACACGUUCUGCUCAACACAUACAACAAUGCAAUAGCCAUCGGUAAAAUAGCGGAUGUACAUCCUAAUGAUCCAGAUAUAACUGGCGAUUAUAGAUGCAAGAUUUUGGCGAAUGCACAGUCGAGCCCGUUGGGCAUACUCACCAUACCAAGUGCCUGUGACUUGUACACUACACAGAAGACCGCCGUCAACGGCUAUUCAUACACCAUAUCUGGUAAUGAUGGUAAACACAACGACGUAGUGUCGACGGUCACUGUAGGCUUCCAAAACUUUGACAGUGCUGCCGUAGCGCAAUCCAUUACUAUGUUGGUUCGCGAAAUGAUGGCUGAGUUCUUCCUAGCCACACACUAUCGCAACUUUGUAGAACUAGUCAAAUCAGCUUUGGAAUCUGGUGAUGAGCUCAUUUUGUAUAGCAUGCGCAAUACAGGCGAGGAGGACGGCGACUUGGAGCUCAUACUAGCAGUACGUAGCUCUAACCUAGCUUAUCGUACACCGCGCUAUAUACUGGAGCGUAUUAAUAAGAAGCGUGAUUCGAUUGAACGUCUGUUGCAAGCAACCGGUGGCGUAAUUAUCGGCUACAGUCCAUGCACUUCGGCUGCCAGCAAUGCUUGUGAAAAUGGUGGCAUGUGCUCGGCAGAGAUUCAAGUGCACGACACGCACUCAUUGAACAUAAUAGAUAGUCCGUCGUUGAUUUUCAGUGGCCCACGCGUUUCGCACGAUUACAGCUGUAAAUGUCCCGACGGCUACACCGGCCAGCAGUGCGACAAGCAACAGGAUCCAUGCUCGCCAAAUCCCUGCGAAGCGAAUGCGCAAUGUCGUCGCAUCGCCUAUGACUUUCAGUGUAUUUGUCCGCCAAAUCGUGACGGUAAAAACUGCCAGCUACACCGUGGUGAUGUAUGUACGAGCAAUCCGUGCCGUAACGGUGGUUCCUGCAUGCACAGUCCGGACGGCGCAUCCUUCUUUUGCCUCUGUCGGCCGGGUUAUCGUGGAAAUCAGUGCGAACAUGUGUCCGAUUCGUGUCGCCCAAAUCCCUGCUUGCAUGGCGGACAAUGUGUCAGCUUAAAACCGGGUUACAAGUGCAGUUGCAUUGAUGGUCGUUAUGGACGGCAUUGCGAGCGCGCCACCUUCGGUUUUCAGGAGCUGUCAUACAUGUCGUUUCCAGCUUUGGAUGCCGCUACUAAUGACAUUUCAAUCAUAUUCGCUACAACUAAACCGGACGGUUUAUUGCUCUAUAACUAUGGCAUGCAAACGGGUGGACGUUCGGACUUCGUGGCGAUAGAGAUUGUGAAAGGAAAGGCUUUCUUCUCGUUUGGUGGCACGCGCACAGCAAUAACAACGGUAGUUGUGGGUGUCAAUAGCAUGGAGAGUUUAGCUGAUGGUAAGUGGCAUAAGGUCACGGCUACACGCAACGGACGUGUCAUGUCAUUAAGUGUGGCCAAGUGCUCGGAAAAUGGUGAUGUCUGCGAGGAAUGCCGACCCGGCGAUUCCAGCUGCUAUGCUCAGGACGUAGGACCUAUUGGUACCUUGAACUUCAACAAGCAACCGUUACUUAUUGGUGGACUUGCAACGGCGGACCCAGUUCUAGAUCGUCCGGGGCAGAUACACUCGGACGAUCUGGUUGGUUGCGUGCACAGCGUGUCCGUAAACGGACGACCAUUGAACAUGAGUAAUCCGCUAAAACAACGUGACGUGCUGCCCACCUGCAAUCGCAACACCAAUGGCGGUCCAUGUCAGCAAAGUGCACCCAACGAUCCGGCGUCAUCACUCUGUGGUGAUUUUGGUACCUGUAUGGACCGCUGGCAUACAGCGAUGUGCCAAUGUGGUGCCAGUUUGCUUUCGCCAGAUUGUUUCAGCUCCUUGGAACCAAUUACGGUUACGAAUGGCGCCUUCGUCGAAUUCAAAAUAUCGGAAAAGCAUCGCCGCAUGCAGCUGUUGGACAAUUUGUAUGCCGCCAGCAAUAUAUGGUCAUAUGAUGUCGCACGUCGCAGAAGAUUCACUGUUAAUAGUGACAAUAUCACUGCAUUGGCGCAAGUUAUGGAUUUACCAAAAACCGUUAGCAUUAUCUUUCGCACCUACAAAGAAGACGGAUUGCUGCUCUUUGCCGCAACCAACAAACAGUACACCGCAGUUGAACUGAAAGCCGGCAAGUUAGUCUACUAUUCCAAACAGAACAGCGUGGUGAAUAUGACCAUACAGAAACCGGACAAACUGAAUGACGGCAAAUGGCAUAAUCUUACCUUGUAUACGUCGAACCGUGUGCUACGUUUGCUUAUUGAUAGCCACAAAGUUGGUGAAGAACUCGACUCGGCUGGCGUGCACGACUUCCUCGAUCCAUAUUUAACUGUGCUUUCUAUAGCUGGCGUGCGACGCGAACAUUAUCCACAGGAUAACGUACCGAGCAGCUACGAGGGUUGCAUUGCCAACUUUACCAUCAAUAAUGAAGUCCAACCGUUUAACGGCUCGGGAAGCGUUUUCAGCGAUGUGCUGAUACGCGGCAAAGUGUCGUUCGGCUGUAGUGGUGAUUUGGGCAUUGGUGCGGCUCAAGCCUCCGAUCCCGUUAGCAUAGGCAUCACACUUGUCAUUGUCUUUUUUGUGAUACUCGUUGUAGCCAUUUUGGGUUCCUAUGUAAUUUACCGUUUCCGUGGCAAGCAGGAGAAGAUUGGCAGUCUAAGUUGUGGCGUGCCCGGUUUUAAAUUGAAACAUAGCGGCGGAGCUGCAGCAUCCCAGAAUCAAGCAGACCAUGUAUUGUCACGCGGUAGGGUUGUACAUGCCGGCGAUGGUCCAGUCAGCUAUCAUGUAGAUAGUGGUGAUUUGAUACGCGGUGUCGGCGGCCAUCAUAUGGUCGGACCCGAAUUGAUUUCGAAGAAGUUUAAGGAACGUGAAAUUAACUCCAAUGAACAUCAACAACAGCGACCACAACGUCCGGAUAUAAUCGAAAGAGAGGUGGUCAGCAAGAGUCCGCCACUACGUGAUGAACAUCACCCACCGAUACCGCCGCCCAGUCAAGCGCAUCAUCCACACGAUCAUACCAGUUCCGUUGAUCUGGGCUCAGAGUAUCCAGAGCAUUAUGAUUUGGAAAACGCCAGUUCAAUAGCGCCAUCUGACAUUGACAUCGUCUAUCAUUAUAAGGGUUAUCGUGAGGCUGGUGGCGUACGCAAAUACAAAGCUACACCGGCGCCAGUCGCCUCAUACACACAUCACAAACACCAAGCCACGGCCGCUCAGCAACAGCACCGGCAUUCACCACGUCACGGCAUUGGUGUUGGUGGACCAUUCGUACCGCGUGUACCGCCACAAACUAGUCAACCACCACCACCCUCAAGUACGCCACGUCCACAUCAAAGUACACCAUUGGCGCGACUCUCACCCAGCUCCGAAUUGAGUUCACAGCAGCCGCGUAUAUUAACACUGCAUGACAUCUCCGGUAAGCCGCUGCAAAGCGCACUGCUCGCCACCACCUCCAGUUCGGGCGGUGUCGGCAAAGAUGCGCUACACAGUAAUAGUGAACGUAGUCUAAAUAGUCCCGUUAUGUCACAACUAUCCGGGCAGAGUUCUAGCGCAAGUCGACAAAAGCCCGGUGUUUCAGCGCAAUCGCCUGCACAGGCGCCCAUCGGUCUCACCGCUGAAGAGAUCGAACGCUUGAAUGUCAGACCACGCACAUCGAGUUUAGUUUCAACACUGGACGCUGUCUCAUCCAGUAGCGAAGCACCACGUGUGCCAGGCGGUGCUCAUCAUAUAGCGCUCGGCGGUGGUCUACACAAUGCCGAUGUUGAUGCGCAUAGCUCUUCGUCAACGGAUGAGAGCGGCAACGAUAGUUUCACAUGUUCGGAAAUCGAAUAUGAUAACAACAGUCUAAAUGGUGAUGCAAAAUAUCCAACAAACAAAACGGUGCCCGACGAUCGUCCAGAUCGCAGCGCGGUUGGCCGUGCAAUGAGCGGUGAUGGUGUAGGCCCGAGCAUGGGUAAAGUACCGCCGAUGCCGCCACAUUCAUACGACGGCUUCGAUUCGUCCUUUCGUGGCUCACUCAGCACUCUAGUCGCCAGCGAUGAUGACAUCUCAACACGCAUGGGCGGUAUUUAUCGACAACUCAACGGACCGGGUUCACCAUCACAACCGAGUCUGGGUUGGAAUUAUCUGCUCAACUGGGGUCCGAAUUUCGAAAGUUUGAUGGGUGUUAUUAAGGACAUCACAGAGCUGCCGGAUGCGGUGGGCGAGCAACAACAGUUACAGUCGACGCUAUGCAUGCCGGGCAAUACGCAAAAGAACUCCGAAGAAUAUGUAUAGGUAGCCUAGCAUAGUCCGGCAAGUAGUUAGAUUAGGACAUAGAGUUUCCUGUCAGCACAAAGCGUAGUGAGGGAAAAGCUAAAUACGUGAUUUAGUGUAUUUAUGUAGUUUUAGCCGUUUUAGCCUUUUAGUUUGUUUAGUUUACUUUUAGUACUUCUGCCAACUGCCAUUCACUAGCACUUUCAGAAGAGCGCUGACACUUAUAUAGUAUAUGUUUAGGUCUGACUGCUGUAUGCCAUGUCUGUAUAAGCAAACCGUAUAAAUUUUAAGAUUUGCAAGAAAAAUUAAAAUUAAAUUAAAAUUAUUUAAACAAGUUUAGCGUCUUCCAAUAGAUCAAUAGCACAUAAUAGAAUAAGUAGCGUUUCUACUUGGCAUUAAACUGAGUCUUUAAUCAAGCCGAAUGUACAGCAAUUAUUUAUAAAUUAUUAUUUAAAUAUUCAUUCUUUACUCCUACUGCCAAAUAUUCGUGCGAAUCAUCAUCUGUACACAUCAUUUAUUGCCUCAGUUAGUUAUCGGUUAGUUUUAGCAACUCAUUCGGACCACACCCACACACACUGUUAGUUUGUACGUAAUUUCCUUAGCAUUAUUUAUUCGAGCGCAUAUACAUACUAUAAUUCAAUUUAGCACUAAGACCAAUUGUGUUUAUCGCCUUGUAUCAAGGCUUGUGUCCUAACCUAUUAGCUAGCACCUACAGGUAGUUUCUCGGUUAGUUUAUCAGUUAGUCUCUAAGUUUAUGAGCAAUUAAGCAAUAAUUUAAUUAAUUUAGAGUUAGUAACCAAUUAACAGUAGCUUUUAAGACUAAAAAUAAAUAAUUCUACUACGCGGCAUAAAUGUAAAGUGUUUUGUGUGCUAUAUUAAAAAUAAUUCCAACGUUCAUAUGUAUUAUAUGCAUUUAUUAAUAGUUUUGUUUGUAAUGUAUUUAAAAAAAAAAUUAGAAAUUUUAUACAAAUGAAAUCUUGCCAUAAGAUUUGCGUGCGUAAUUAUGAAUUAUAAAAGUAAGAAAAUUAAAAAAUUAUGAAAUAAAAGGAAUAAAUUAUAAAAAUAAAAAAUUAAUAAAUUACAAAUUAUAAAAAACAAAAAGGCAGU